GGCUAAAGAGAGUUCUGGAUGAGGUGACUGCGAAGACAUAGAGUGCAUUUGUAUUAGGGAGAAACAUUACAGACAACAUAAUGGUUGCAUUCGAGUGUAUGCGUGCGAUGAAGAAUAAAAAAGAGGGGGAAAAUGGUUAUGUUGUUGCUAAACUGGAUAUUUCAAAAGCAUACGACAGGGUAGAGUGGAUUUUUUUGUUGUUAACUCAAUUCUUUUAUGCUUUCAUGAACUUGGAUUGAGAGUAUGUCGAUUUGACAAGAGCACCAUUCUGGAAAUCAUUGUUCAGCUCUUUGAAACUUAGAAUACAGAUGUCAUUAUGGGAUGUAGAUGAUGUUACCUAUAUAUGACUAAUUUAUUGACUUAACUAUACAUUGUCAAAUUUGAACGAGGGAAUGCAAUCGACAUGAAGACUAAAGUGGCAAUGGCAAGGAGAUAUAUUGGAGGUCCCUUAUAAGAACAUUUUUCCUGAAGCAUGUUGGAGUUGAGGAGAGUUAACGAAGGCUUACUGAGCACCAGCGACAAGUGAAGCUUUAUGGAGAAAUCGAAAAAGUAUUGAAACUUGGAUUUUGUUGUUAUUGCAAACUUGGAUUGUGUUUAUCAUGCUACGAGAGAAAUUUUAUAAGAUGGAUUCUUGGGCCUCUUAUGAUUGGAGUUACAGAACAUUGGUUCUCGGAACUUUGCAAAUUUUCCAUAUUAUAUUGAAGAGAGGACAACUAAAGUAUGUUAUAUGAUGAUGGUGAGUGCAUUAGUGAGCCAUGAGUUUGGACCAAUCUAGAGAUGGUGGCUGAAGGGAUGAAGAGCAUAAACUCAGAAUUGCAGUCUAACAUGUUGAUUUAUGCUGAACUUUUGGCCUACACUCAGGAUAUUAGACUGUUAAGUCACGAAAAAGAUGGGGAAGAAGCAUAGGAAAAGGAACAAAUGUUUAUGAGAAUAUUUUCUUAUACGAUUGAAUGUAUUGAAAGUAUGAAUGCUGUUUAACUUCUUACCUCCUUUUUAGUUCGACCUUGAUUCUAAAUCCACUUAUAGUAACUUUCGAAUAUCGUUUUACUUUUGUUGAGUGAACGACCUAUUGUCCGAAUGAAUGUCGUAUUAGUUGUUCAACAAAAGUGGGAGGAACUUGAUGAUGUUGUUCCACAGGUAUUAUAGUAGUACUAUUGACAAAUUAAUGUACAAGAAAUAAUAUAGAUACAACCUAUAAUUCUGAUGAAAAAUUUAAUUUCCUAUUAACACGAUAUUUUGAUAAACAUAAUUAGAACUUUUCGUUCGCCGCGAAUCGCAAGCGAGCCGGUCCUUCCGGUUCCGACUUCCGGACUCGAUACUCUUUAAAAUCACACCAGCGAACAGAUAGCAAAUUCCAGUAAAUUCGAACCAACUCGGACUCUCUCUCCCCUUCCCGCUUCUACCGGAUUCCUCUCUCCGCAGCCGGCAAGCCACUUCCCCCAUUUCCACCUCACCGCCGGCGAUUCACAGCCAUGGAACCCGCAACCGGCUACCCAGUCCCUCCCAACCAACAGCGCCCCAACGGCUAUCCUCCUCCUCCAACCGGCACCUCCUACCCCUACCAACCUCCGCCGCAGCAGCCUUCCAAUCCCUACUACUACAACCCUAGCAACGGCCAGGGCCCCGUCUACACCCCGGCCCGCCCCACCCUCUACCGCCGAUUAAUCACCAUCUUCAUCGCCGUCACCGUCGUCUUCUUCGCCGUGCUCUUCAUAAGCUGGAUCGUGAUCCGCCCCCGCAUCCCCGAGUUCCGCCUCACUUCCUUCACCCUCUCCGGAUUCAAUUCCUCCAGCCACCAGCUCUCCGGCACCUGGGCCGCGCGACUCGAGGUCUACAACCCGAACAAGAAGAUGGACAUCGAGUACGAAGCGAUUCAGGCCUCCGUUUUCUACCAGGAGGUGCUCCUGGCCGAGAAUCGGCUCCAGCCGUUCCUUCAGGUGCACAGGAAUCUGACGGUGAUGGAGACGCAGUUCUCGAUCGUCAACACUUUCGUCGAUCAGGCGGUGACCGACGCGGUCGACGAGGAGAGGAAGCACGGCUCCGUGGGUUUCGAUUUGGAGCUGGUGGCUGGUGUAGGGUUUAAGGUUGGCGAGCUGAGGGCCAGGCGGCGUCUGCUUAAUGUGAGCUGCGACGAUCUCGAUGUGCGUCUCGACGGCAAUGGUGGCUCGGGGAACUUGACCGGACCUCCCAAGCGCUGCGACGUUUACUCUUCAGAGUAAGAAUUUGAAGAUCUCUUUUCUUGCUAUUCUGGUUUGUCUAGUGUGUGAUCUUCAUGAAGAGAAGAUUUUGAGGUUGGGGUAGAUGUACAUGAAAUCUGUUAGGGCUUUUUGAGUAUUGUUACAGUAGAUUUCAUUAGUUGUGACGAGAUUAUCAUUUGGUUUCUUUCAUUGCCAAUGGCGGGGUUGGCGUUCCAUGAAAUGUUCAAUUCUUUUUGCCCGAUUGAUCUCUUUCCAUUGCCUGGCGUAUGUGCUGAAGAUAAAUGUCAAAGACCUAGUUCAUGAGGCAUUUCAGAGUAAAAGAUUGGCUACUCC